AUGCCUCAGUACAUAAUGGAACUAAAGGAACUGGACAGACCAAGAAACACUAAGAAAUAUGAGACCACAGACGAGGAGACCACAGACGAGGAGACCACAGACGUGGAGACCACAGACGAGGAGACCACAGACGAGGAGACCACAGACGAGGAGACCACAGACGUGGAGACCACAGACGAGGAGACCACAGACGAGGAGACCACAGACGAGGAGACCACAGACGAGGAGACCACAGACGAGGAGACCACAGACGAGGAGACCACAGACGAGGAGACCACAGACGUGGAGACCACAGACGAGGACACCACAGACGAGGAGACCACAGACGAGGACACCACAGACGAGGAGACCACAGACGAGGAGACCACAGACGUGGAGACCACAGACGAGGAGACCACAGACGAGGAGACCACAGACGAGGACACCACAGACGAGGAGACCACAGACGAGGAGACCACAGACGAGGAGACCACAGACGAGGACACCACAGACGAGGAGACCACAGACGAGGAGACCACAGACGAGGAGACCACAGACGAGGAGACCACAGACGAGGAGACCACAGACGAGGACACCACAGACGAGGAGACCACAGACGAGGACACCACAGACGAGGACACCACAGACGAGGAGACCACAGACGAGGACACCACAGACGAGGAGACCACAGACGAGGAGACCACAGACGAGGAGACCACAGACGAGGACACCACAGACGAGGAGACCACAGACGAGGAGACCACAGACGAGGAGACCACAGACGAGGAGACCACAGACGAGGAGACCACAGGCGAGGAGACCACAGACGAGGAGACCACAGACGAGGACACCACAGACGAGGAGACCACAGACGAGGAGACCACAGGCGAGGAGACCACAGACGAGGACACCACAGAAGAGGAGACCACAGACGAGGACACCACAGACGAGGAGACCACAGACGAGGAGACCACAGACGUGGAGACCACAGACGAGGAGACUACAGACGAGGAGACCACAGACGUGGAGACCACAGACGAGGAGACCACAGACGAGGAGACCACAGACGAGGAGACCACAGACGAGGAGACCACAGACGAGGAGACCACAGACGUGGAGACCACAGACGAGGACACGACAGACGAGGAGACCACAGACGAGGACACCACAGACGAGGAGACCACAGACGAGGAGACCACAGACGAGGAGACCACAGACGUGGAGACCACAGACGAGGACACCACAGACGAGGAGACCACAGACGAGGAGACCACAGACGAGGAGACCACAGACGAGGAGACCACAGACAGGAGACCACAGACACGAGAGACCACAGACGAGACCACAGACGAGGAGACCACAGACGAGGACACCACAGACGAGGACACCACAGACGAGGAGACCACAGACGAGGACACCACAGACGAGGAGACCACAGACGAGGAGACCACAGACGAGGAGACCACAGGCGAGAGACACAGACGAGAGACCACAGACGAGGAGACCACAGGCGAGGACACCACAGACGAGGAGACCACAGACGAGGAGACCACAGACGAGGACACCACAGACGAGGACACCACAGACGAGGACACCACAGACGAGGACACCACAGACGAGGACACCACAGACGAGGACACCACAGACGAGGAGACCACAGACGAGGAGACCACAGACGAGGACACCACAGUAAG